AUGCCACGCACUCGAAGUCAGGAGCAAACUUUACGGCCCGAUGAUGAUGCUGCUUACGACCCGCCGCCGCCCACACGUGACGACGCCGGCGCGGCCGACGCAUUCCCACCUUCCAUCGGCGACCGGUUCUCUAUUCCCCCUACCGAUGCCAGCGUGACAUUCUCACAGGAAAGUGUCGCCGCCCUCGUCGCGACACUUCAGAAAACCCAGACAGAAGCCUUCAAAGACGUACUCGAGUCUGUUUUGAGUCAUCGUGCGACCUCAUCGACUCCGGCGCCGCUACCAGACAGCCAUGCUAAUAUGUCUCAAUGUAAAGCUACAUACAGCGGCAGCGGCGACCCGACGGACGUGGAAGCGUUUAUAGAUGCGGUCGACAGUUAUAUUGAAUGUACACAGAUCAGCGAUGCAAAUGUAGUCAGAGGCAUAUCUAUGCUUUUAACGCAAGACGCAGCCACAUGGUGGCUGGGCAUUAAGAAUACUAUCUCUACAUGGGACGAAGCCAAGGAGAACCUGAUAAGUGCCUUUGGAGACCGACGUCCGCCUCAUCGCCUGUACCUACAACUGUUCAAAAUGGCUCAUGACAAGGAAAGUACAGAUAUUUUUAUAGCUAGAGCACGCGCUCUCUUAGCACGCCUCCCUCGCGGCGAUCUUAGCGAGAAAGUAGAGCUAGACAUGGUGUACGGGUUAUUGAACGACCGUAUACGACGACAAGUGCGACGAGAAGAAGUUACGACGUUCGCAGGACUGCUCCGCCGUGCACGUGAAAUAGAAGAUGCGACGGCGCCGAUCGUGCCGCCCGUCGCUCACCGUCGCGCCAUGCCCGCCGCCGCGCAGCCAAGCCGCGCGCCCGCCGCGCAUGCUGCAGCCGCUGGUCGCGCCCCGCCUGUCACCGAGCCCGCUUUCUCCGUCCCUCCGACGCGCCCCGAGCCUACGUCGAUGACCGCCGCCCACGCCCCUGCACCUCCACCUGCGCGAGACCCGGCUCCCGCCACUGCAAAGAAGCAGCGGCCAGUGUGUACCUACUGCAAGAGAUUCGGUCACACGAUAGAUGCAUGCCGUAAGUUAGCGAACACUCAAGAAUGUUUUGUGAAUGUUCAACAACCUAAGGGUUGCCAUUGUUAUUGCUCAAUUCAUAACGAUGCUUAUAAUUCUAAGUCUACUAACUGUGAUUGUUAUAUGGAUAAGGGUGACCAUGCUAAAUUUAAUUAUCGGGAUAAGUAUUCAAAUGAAUGUACUUUGAAUUUUGAUGAGUGUGCACGUACGGGGGACGCAUCAUUGUUAGGCAACGACCACGUCAGGCUCGCUUCGCAUCAGGACAUGCGACCAAUUUUUAAAAUCGAAAUUUUGGGUGUUAAUGGUACUGCUUUGAUUGACACAGGCGCUAAGCAUUGCAUUGCGGGUCAUACGCUAUAUACUCUCCUUCUACGUCGAGGCCAUCCUCUUCACCGCACGUCGAGACGGGUGAAGCUCGCCGACGGCCACAUUCGCGUAAUGGAUGUACUAACUACAACAUUACAGGUGAGGUUGGAACACACUGUUAUUUCUAUCCCAUUUCUGGUAUUCCCGGACUCCGACAACAACGAGACACUCCUCGGUAUCGACUUUAUUUCUGCCGCCGGAGUAGUGUUAGACUUCAGCUCAGAAACUUGGUACUUCAGCAAAUCUGGUACUCGUUACAAGCUUCUGUUUGAACCUGCCUCUCGCGACGUCAACUGCGCUUCUGCAGACGUGCUUCGGGAUGACGAAGGUACCCAUCUUGGCUCAGCUGAACGACAGGCGCUUGCCCAAGUACUCGUCAAGUACGCCCAGAUCUUCGAGCCAGGGGGAGCCCCGACACCUUACGCCGAGCAUCGCAUCGAUACAGGUGAGCACCCUCCUAUUGCUGUACCUCCCUAUCGCUUAACACCAGUUAUGAAUCAACGUAAUGAGGUGCUAGCCAUUGACCUCUUCGGCCCACUCCCGGAGGGUGAGCAGGGGGAGCGUUGGAUAUUGCUCGUCGAGGACACAGCGACGAGGUGGGUAGAGCUAUUUGCCCUAAAGGAAGCCACAUCAGAAGCAUGUGCGCGUGUCCUCAUCGAGGAAUAUUUUAUGCGAUACGGGUUGCCUCGCCGGAUAAUAUCGGACAACGGCGUCCAAUUCAUCUCGGCAGUCAUGCGCCAAUGCAUGUCGGUCCUGGAUGUGAAGCAAAACUUCGUGCCACUCUACCAUCCAGAAGCCAACCCUGCAGAGAGAAAGAAUCGCGACUUAAAGGUAAUGUUAGCGCAACUCGUGGAGAACGACCAUCCAUCCUGGCCAAAGAAGCUACACAUCAUUCGCUUUGCCCUGAACAGCGCGCCAUGCCGCACUACGGGUAAGACGCCAGCUUAUUUGACCUUGGCUAGAGAGAUGAGGUCUCCCACAGAGGUCACACAUGACCUUCGUGCUAUUCUAGACAAAGAUAACUUUGUCCCACAGAUAACACCAUAUCUCAGACAAUUUAUCAACUCCCUAUCGGCGAUCCGGGAACGUGUAGAAGUGCAGCAGGACAAGCGCAAAGAGUACGCUGACCAGUCACGGCGUCCUGGAGACCACUUUCAAGUAGGUGACUUAGUUCUUCUACAAUCACACGUCCUGAGCAAGAGUUCCAAGGAGCUUACAUCCAAAUUCGUCCCACGUCGAGAUGGUCCUUAUCGCAUCGCGCAGAAGGUUAGUCCUACGACCUACAGCAUCGCGCGCAUGGAGAACCCCGACGAUAUUAUAGGGAAGUAUCAUCUUCAAGAUCUUACUCGGUACACAGGCAGUGAGGUAACUCCACCUAAACCUGUCAUUCCUAAAAGGAAACGAGGACGACCGGGUAGGAAGCAGUCUGAGCAGCCAGUCCAGGAGCGAGGACGUCCUCCAGGACUGGAGGGGGAGUAUAUAGCAACCCGGCCUACCGAACAUUGUCUGGGUCGGCGAAACGAACGAGCCUCGCGCGGUCGUAUGCCCGCGCGCUUUAAUUGUUAAAUGAGC